AUGAAGUGGAAUAACAUUACGCAGGCAAUGGUCUUCCUUUCUCUAGCUGGACCUGGAAUUGUAGGAAAUAUUCUAGUGUUUGUGAGAUAUGUGUACACGUCUGCCUUGGGGACUGAGAAAAAGCCUGUGGAUCUUAUUCUCAUCCACUUGGCAUUUUCUAAUAUGAUCAUUAUUUGUAGCACAGGGAUAACAGAUAUAGCCACAGUGUUUUAUUUCAGAAACUUCCUAGGAGAUAUUGGUUGCAAAGUUAUGGUUUAUCUGGCAAGGAUGGCUCGGGGCCUUUCCAUCUGCACCACCUGUCUCCUCAGCGUGGUCCAGGCACUCACGAUCAGGCCCAGGACCACCAUUUGGACAAAAAUCAAACCACAGACAGCAUGGCAAGUUGUUCCAUUUCUCCUCCUCUUUUGGAUUGUUAAUUUACUCAUAAGCUCCAACUUGCUCUGCUACAUCAAAUCAGUUGGCGAAUUGAACAGGUCUGUAGCUGGAAUGUUCACUGGCCACUGCUAUAUGCUACAAUCAAGACAUUUCAUCAAGUGGCUUUUCCUCUCUCUCAUGACUCUUCGUGAUGUCAUCUUUCAGAGUCUGAUGGGCUGGAGCAGUGGCUCCAUGGCUCUCCAUCUGUAUCAGCAUCACAAGCGUGUCCUCUACCUCUACAGCUCCAGGCUUGCAAACAACUCUCCUCCAGAAAUCAGAGCUACAUGGAGUGUUCUCGUUCUCAUGAUCUGUUUCCUUUUCUUCUAUUGGCUAGAUUUUAUUCUCUCCUUCUACACUGGUUUCACAGUGACACAUGAUUCUAUUUUACUAAAUAUUAAGACAUUUUUAGAACUUGGUUAUGCCAGUUUCAGUCCCUAUAUUCUAAUCAGCAGAGAUAUACGUGUUCCUAAUGUCUUGCACGCUCACUAA